AUGCUCGAUGCGUCCCGGAGGUCGCCAGCGCCGGUGUUUUCCCACGUGCAGCGUGAAGCAGAGGACGUCAUGUUGUAAGGAGAUGGGGGCCUCGGUGUCUCGCGCAAUCAGGAAUUUCAACCUAGAGAACCGGGCGGAACGGGAAAUCAGCAAGAUGAAGCCCUCUCCCGCUCCCAGGCACCCCUCCACCAAGAGCCUCCUGCGAGAGCAGAUGAGCUGCCAUCCAGAAAUUAAGGGAGAAAUUGCUAGAAAAGAUGACAAACUGCUGUCGUUACUAAAAGAUGUGUAUGUUGAUUCCAAAGAUCCGGUGUCUUCUGUGCAGGUAAAAGAUGGUGGAACACGUCAAGAGCCAAAGGAGUUCAGAUUGGCAAAAGGCGGUGACUUUAACAUGAUAAGUAUCAAGAACAUUCCCAAAGGCAAAAUAUCCAUUGUAGAGGCAUUGACACUUCUCAAUAAUCAUAAACUUUAUCCGGAAACGUGGACUGCUGAGAAAAUAGCAGAAGAGUACUAUCUAGAACAGAAAGAUGUAAAAUCCCUUCUCAAGUAUUUUGUUACUUUUGAAGUCAGAAUCUUGCCCCCUGAAGACAAGAAAGCGAUACCAUCAAAAUGAAGAAAAUUUUGAAAUUACUUUUCCUAUAUGUAGUCCCCGUUCCCAUGCCCUGUUUAGUUUCUCGUUUUCAGCAUGUUAAAUUAUACAAAUUAAUGAAUGUUUAAAGCUCCCUUCUUGGGAGAGCGUACUAUUUAUUGGGCUUUGCUGAGUUUUCAGGAUUGCUGAUCGAAUGAAUUUUGUUUCUUGUGCAGUUUAAUUUGGUUUAGGUAUAUGUUCAUAUGUAAUAUCAGCAAGCCUAAUCAGCAUAUAUAUAAAUUUAUGAUAAAAAACUUAAAGUGUAAUUUUAGGCAAAUCAUAUCAUCAGCUUUUAGACUGGUCAUAUGGCCUCUUGGGAAAUGUCCUGAAUCUUUCAUUUAACAUUGAAAGUUUCGCCGUCCAAUUUAGGUGGUUAAUUUAUUCUUCCUGUGGAAUUGUGAAAGUAAGAGUUUUCCUAACUCUUAGGACUGUGAUCUUUUCUUGUUAGGGAAAGGGAGACUUGACAGCGAGGUAGGAUAACAGUAUUUCCCAAAUGAAAGCAGGCAGGAAAGUGGAUACAAAAUCAAUAGAAAGUACAUUUUAUUAUUACAGGGAAUAAGAGCGAGGACUUCUCUUGUUUUGAACUGUUUUAUUUAAGUAUGGAAUAACUUCUUAAAAUUAUAAAAAGGAAUUGGUAUUUACAUAAUUUUAGCAAUCUCUGUUUUGACAACAGAUCCAAAAGCUUUCAGAGAGGCAGGUAGUUGUGGGACAGUCACUUCUCUGGAUUUAAUAUAGAAAUAUAAGAAAAUUGUAAAGGGUUAAAUCACAGAACCAUGGUAAAGGAAAUUUAGUGACGAAUUAUAUAUAUGUUUUCUAAUUUAAAUGCUGGUUGAAAGAGAGGAAAAAAUUGCAAGAAGUUUAAAAUUUGAACAUUGGAAGGGACCUGGGAAAUUACUGCUUCAUCCAUUGGACCAACUUAAAAGAGUACAGUGUGUACCAGUGCUAGGGUCUUGAGUGAGAUCAUCGAAGUUUAGCUGUGUCGUAUUACCACUUGUGGGAUCUUGGGUAGAUUGUGUAACCUCUUUGAGACUGAAUUUCCUCUAUGAAAUGAGUAUAAUGCUGCCUUAUUUAAAUCUAAUGGUUACUGUGAGGAUAAAUGAUAAUAAAGGACUGAAAGAAUAUGACUUAUUUUUUGCAGUUAAGAACAGAGGGCUGGGGAAGUUUCAUGACUUGUUUAGGAUUAUUAUCUCGUUUAUGACAUAGCUGGGCCCAGAAUCUAGGUUUUCAGAUUCCUCGUGGCAUGUUUUUUUUUGCUGUGCCAAAAAGAAGCUUAUUUCAGAAGAGCAGAAAGUGCAAGUUGUAGGAACAUUGGAGAAUGUGGUAAGAAAAAUUCCAGGUUAUCUGUGUCUUUCUAAAGGAAGGCAGACAUUUGCUACUUCCCAGAGAUUCCCUUGGAAAUGGUCUGGAAGAUGCUGAGGAAUUCAGCAUGAUGAUGGAAUGAAGCAUUUGCAAUGCUGAGAAGGGAAAAAUGGACUGAGAUGGGAAUUUUUAAACAUGUUUUCAGCAGCAGUUUCUCUAUGUGAAUAAACUGUAUCUUGUUUAUUGUGGUUCAAAACAGUUCUUUUAAGAAAACAACUGUAUAAAAUUGCAUUUUAAAACUCUGGUAAAUUAGUCAUCAAAACUGCUUUCCUUUAUCAAAUAAAGGUCAGUACUUGAAUUACUAAGACUGCUAUUUCUGAGCCAUCUUCCCUAUUCAAAUCUAUACUGUGGUUAGGCUUCUGUAAAUCUGGCUGUUAUAUGAUGUCACAUGAUCAAAUAAAGUACUUCCCAA